AUGUUCCGAGCAAACUUUGAACACAUUAAUGAAGUUGUGCCGCAUUUCAACGCUACGCGGAAAGUAAAUUUGGUGGUGCUGCACACUCGUGCAAAGUCGAACGACUUUUCUUCAGAAGUUCUGAAUCGGCGAGCUGCCCUGAUAAGAGCAUUCUUCAGUGACUCAAGAAGGUAG